AUGAAUGAUAAAGAUAACAAUUAUGUACUAAAACUAUCACAUGUUAUAUUAUCUAAAAUCAUUGGAUUUUUAAACAAGAAUAUUGACAAGAUAUGUUUCAGUUUAGUUUGUAAACAACUUUAUCAACAAAGAGAUAAAUAUAUAUUUUUAAAUUGUGAUAAUAUACCUCAGAGGUAUUCAAAUUCUAUAGAUAAUGAAUAUCCUCGAUUUCAAUUGAAUUCAUACAAGAAUCUAUUAAAGAGAGCAUUGGAAUUGAAAUCAAAUUGUUCAUUAUUGAUCACCUACACAGAUCAACCCGAUGAAAAAAACAAUUACGAUUAUAUAAUAGUUAUAAGUGAUUUUAAAGAAUUAGAAAUACCUAGUACUGUUAAAAAGUUGGAGUUUCACUAUUUGUUUCCACACGAUUUAGAUAGCAAGUUUAAAAGUAAACUUGAACGAUCGAAUGUCAAUCAAAUAACUUUAGAUAGCAGACGCAUUUUAUUUGAUCGAUUUCCUUCGAAUAUUAAGGAUUCACUCUUAGUAGAUAGCAAUCAAACUCUUCAACUCGAAAUCCAAUCAUUACCACCCAACCUACAAGAACUUAGAUGUGUUAGCACUUUUAUAUUGCAUUGUACUUUGAGAUCGCUACCAAGCACCCUAAGAAAGUUAAGCAUAUCAUUCCAAUCGCUGAAAUCGUCUAUAAGAGAAAAUCUACCAGCAUCUCUUACCGAACUAUCAGUUGUUUUCAGUAACGAUGAUGUGAUCGAUUGCAAUAACUACAUUCCUCUACAUAUUAGCAAACUCAUUUUGAUAACAUCGAAACAACACCUGACCAAAGGAUUUAUACCUAGUGGUGUAAGGAAAUUAGAGAUAUCCAGGAGUGUAUCAUUGGAAAUCGAUAUAUUUAGCGAGUUGAAUCGGUUGGAAACUUUAGAUCUGAGUAGAAUCUCUUCUUAUGAAGGUAGAAUUGGUCGGUUGCCUUCAAACUUAAAACGAAUGGCACUACUUGGUUGCAAAUAUGAUCCAGAUAUCUUUAUAUUCCCAGAGAAUCGACUGGACUAUUUACAGAUUGGAGAUUUCAGUAAGACGAUUCGAUCCGAUAUGUUACCGCUAUGCAAGGAGCUAGUGUGUUCGUUUGGCUGUGAUAUCGAGUCACUACCGGAUGGUGUCGAGACACUCGCGCUACUAAGCUAUCAUUUGUUCCAAUGGAAAGACUUACCGAGUUCACUUCGCACCCUAACUAUAACUAAAAAAACACUUCAAAUGAUUGGUGGUGCCGAAGGAAUACCAAGUAAUAUCACCAACAUCCGACUAUUGCAAAGUGUGAAUAGAAACAAAUAUUUCCUCAGAAGAUUGAACGACCAACAAUUCUUAUUGUGUGGCUCUGCUAAAUAUCAAACCAAUGGUUCAGGAGCAAUAAUCAAUCAAUCCGAUUUAUUAGACUUUUCAUUAAAAAUAAAAUGA